AUCGUCACUCUGAAUGUGCUCUCGUUUUCUGUCUUGAUAAAAAAAUGGCAAAGUCAACAGUCAAUUUCCCAGUCAUUCUUUUUAAGUGUACUGAUGAGAAACUUAUCAUCACUACAAUGCGCAGCUUCUUCAAGCCUAGUCUUAGUCUAGAUAACAUGGAUUUGAUCGACUGCAUCUCUUUGUUGGAUUCAUGGAUCCAAAGUAAAAAGGUCAUCGUAUUCAGAUGGACUAGUGAGGAUGAUGAUAAAACCCCUUAUGAUUUCACCGAUUAUUCAAUUCCAGAGAAUUGUGAUGGAAGUAAAUUUGUAAUGAAGACUGGCCUAAUUCUCUAUCACUGUGAUGAUCUUUCCAAAAUUGCAUUGGAAAGAGACAAACUUAUCAUGGAAAAUAUUGAAAAGACUGGAACAAGGUUUACUUCAAAGGCAAAGCGUUCCCUUUGUUAUCCAACAAUGGUUCCAAGACCUGCUGGUUAUACCCUUGAUGAUUAAGACGAGAUUAGUGGUGAUGGUGUUAUAACUGAUAUAUCACAGUCACAACCUCAACCUUCAAAGAAAAGAACUUAUGCAG